AGAGAUCAUGACGCAGCCGUCCUUUUGGAUUUCUUUUUAAUAAUGUGUGACCCUUCACCUUUGAUCCCCUGACCUGCAUUACCUUGGGUUGUUGGGAGGAUAAAUGAAACACACACUGGGAACUCAGAAGAAAGGUGCUUUUGAAACUGAACCUCAUCCUAUGGCUGUGCCAAGAGGCAGUGGUAGUGAACCCGUGGUGAAGGGCCAGGACCAUGGUUUGAAUCCACCCCGGCCUCUUGCAAGUGUUCUGACCGCAACACAUUACCUACCCUCCUUGUGCCUGAGUUUCCUCCUCUUUAAGUUGGGGAUGAUAAUAACACCUACCCAAAGGAUCAUGGAAAUUGCAGCUUAUUUAAUAACAUUUGAGAAACACGAAGAAUGGCUAACCACAUCCCCUAAGACAAGACCGCAGAAUGGCUCAAUGAUACUCUACAACAGGAAGAAAGUGAAAUACAGGAAAGAUGGGUAUUGCUGGAAAAAGAGGAAAGAUGGGAAAACGACCAGAGAGGACCACAUGAAACUCAAGGUCCAGGGAGUAGAGUGCUUGUACGGCUGCUAUGUCCAUUCCUCCAUCAUCCCCACCUUUCACCGGAGGUGCUACUGGCUCCUUCAGAAUCCCGACAUCGUCCUGGUGCACUACCUGAACGUGCCGGCCAUCGAGGACUGUGGCAAGCCCUGCGGCCCCAUCCUCUGCUCCAUCAACACCGACAAGAAGGAGUGGGCGAAAUGGACGAAGGAAGAGCUCAUCGGGCAGCUGAAACCCAUGUUACACGGCAUCAAGUGGACCUGCAGCAAUGGCAACAGCAGCUCAGGCUUCUCUGUGGAGCAGCUGGUGCAGCAGAUCCUCGACAGCCACCAGACCAAGCCCCAGCCGCGGACCCACAACUGCCUGUGCACGGGCAGCCUGGGAGCGGGCAGCAGCAUGCACCACAAGUGUAACAGUGCCAAACACCGCAUCAUCUCGCCGAAGGUGGAGCCAAGGUCGGGGGGCUAUGCGAGCCAUGCGGAAGUGCAGCACAACGAUGUGUCAGAGGGCAAACACGAGCCCAGCCACGGCAAGGGCGCCAGCCGCGAGAAGAGGAACGGCAAGGUGGCCAAGCCGGCGCUGCUGCACCAGAACAGCACCGAGGUGUCCUCCACCAACCAGGUGGAGGUGCCGGACACCACCCAGAGCUCCCCCGUGUCCAUCAGCAGUGGGCUCAACAGCGACCCGGACAUGGUGGACAGCCCCGUGGUCACGGGCGUGUCCAGCAUGGCGGUGGCCUCCGUGAUGGGGGGCGCCACAGUGUUCAUGCCCGAGGUCUCCAACGAGGCCGUGUACACCAUGUCCCCCACCGCGGGCCCCACCCACCCCCUCCUCUCGCCCGACGCCUCUCAGGGCCUGGUCCUGGCCGUGAGCUCCGACGGCCACAAAUUCGCCUUCCCCACCACGGGCAGCUCGGAGAGCCUGUCUAUGCUGCCCGCCAACGUGUCCGAAGAGCUGGUCCUCUCCACCACCCUCGACGGCGGCCGGAAGAUACCGGAGACCACCAUGAACUUUGACCCUGACUGUUUCCUCAACAACCCCAAGCAGGGCCAGACGUACGGGGGCGGGGGCCUGAAGGCCGAGAUGGUCAGCCCCAACAUCCGGCACUCGCCGCCGGCCAGCGAGAGGAGCUUCAGCUUCCCCAGCGUCCUCGCCAAGGAGAUAAAGACAGAGGACACCUCUUUUGAGCAGCAGAUGGCCAAGGAGGCGUAUUCUUCCUCCGCAGUGGCCGCGGGCUCCAGCUCCCUCACCCUGACGGCCGGCUCCAGCCUCCUGCCGUCGGGCGGCGGCCUGAGUCCCAGCACCACGCUGGAGCAGAUGGACUUCAGUGCCAUCGACUCCAACAAAGACUAUGCGUCCAGCUUCAGCCAGACGGGCCGCAGCCCCCACAUCCACCAGACCCCCUCCCCGAGCUUCUUCCUGCAGGACGCCAGCAAGCCCCUCCCCCUCGAGCAGGCCGCCCACAGCAGCCUGGGCGAUGCCGGGGGCACAUUCGUGAUGCCCACGGUGAAAACGGAGGCCUCGUCCCAGACCAGCUCCUGCAGCGGCCACGUGGAGACUCGGAUAGAGUCCACUUCCUCCCUGCACCUCAUGCAGUUCCAGGCCAACUUCCAGGCCAUGACGGCGGAAGGGGAGGUCACCAUGGAGACCUCUCAGGCGGCUGCAGGGGGCGAGGUUCUCCUUAAGUCUGGGGAGCUACAGGCCUGUGCCUCGGAACACUACCUGCAGCCUGAAAGUAACGGGGUGAUCCGCAGCGCCGGUGGGGUCCCCAUCCUGCCUGGCAACGUGGUGCAGGGACUCUACCCGGUGGCCCAGCCCAGCCUUGGCAACGCCCCCAACAUGGAGCUCAGCCUGGACCACUUCGACAUCUCCUUCAGCAACCAGUUCUCCGACCUGAUCAACGACUUCAUCUCAGUGGAGGGAGGCGGUGGCACCAUCUACGGCCACCAGCUGGUGUCGGGGGACAGCGCGGCACUCUCGCAGUCGGAAGAUGGGGCCCGCGCCCCCUUCCCCCCUGCGGAGAUGUGCAUCCCCUGCUGCAGCCCCCAGCAGGGAACCCUGCAGCUGAGCAGCGCCGAGGGGGGCCCGGGCACCAUGGCCUACAUGCACGUGGCAGAGGUGGUCUCGGCCGCCUCGGCCCAGGGCUCACUGGGGCUGCUGCAGCCCAGCGGACGGGUGUUCAUGGUGACCGACUACUCCCCAGAGUGGUCCUACCCAGAGGGAGGAGUGAAGGUCCUCAUCACGGGCCCGUGGCAAGAAGCCAGCAAUAACUACAGCUGCCUGUUCGACCAAAUCUCAGUGCCUGCGUCCCUGAUUCAGCCCGGGGUGCUGCGCUGCUACUGCCCAGCCCACGACACGGGUCUUGUGACUCUACAAGUUGCCUUCAACAACCAGAUCAUCUCCAACUCGGUGGUGUUUGAGUACAAAGCUCGGGCUCUGCCCACGCUCCCUUCCUCCCAGCACGACUGGCUGUCAUUGGACGAUAACCAGUUCAGAAUGUCCAUCCUGGAGCGGCUGGAGCAGAUGGAGCGGAGGAUGGCCGAGAUGACGGGCUCACAGCAGCACAAGCAGGCCAGCGGAGGUGGCAGCAGCGGAGGAGGCGGCGGUGGUGGCAACGGGAAUGGAGGAGGCCAAGCGCAGUGUGCCUCCGGGCCUGGGACCUUGGGGAGCUGCUUCGAGAGUCGCGUGGUCAUUGUGUGUGAGAAGAUGAUGAGCCGAGCCUGCUGGGCAAAGUCCAAGCAUCUGAUCCACUCGAAGACUUUCCGGGGGAUGACCCUCUUACACCUGGCUGCUGCCCAGGGCUACGCCACCCUGAUCCAGACCCUCAUCAAGUGGCGCACAAAGCACGCGGACAGCAUUGACUUGGAGCUGGAGGUGGACCCCUUGAAUGUGGACCACUUCUCCUGCACUCCUCUGAUGUGGGCAUGCGCCCUAGGGCACUUGGAAGCUGCUGUGGUACUGUACAAGUGGGACCGGCGGGCCAUCUCCAUCCCCGACUCUCUAGGAAGGCUGCCUUUGGGAAUUGCCCGCUCACGGGGCCAUGUGAAGUUAGCAGAGUGUCUGGAACACCUACAGAGAGACGAGCAGGCUCAGCUGGGACAGAAGCCCAGGAUGCACUGUCCCCCAAGUGAGGAGCCAGGUACAGACAGCUGGAUGGCCCAGUGGCACAGCGAGGCUGUGAGCUCUCCAGAGAUACCCAAAGGCGUCACCGUUAUUGCAAGCACCAAUCCAGAGCUGAGAAGACCUCGGUCUGAACCCUCUAAUUACUACAGCAGUGAGAGCCACAAAGAUUAUCCAGCUCCCAAAAAGCAUAAAUUGAACCCUGAGUACUUCCAGGCGAGGCAGGAGAAGCUGCUUUCCACUGCACUGAGUCUGGAACAGCCAAAUAUCAGGAAGCAGAGCCCUAGUUCUAAGCAGGCUGUCCCCGAGACAAUCAGCCCCAGUGAAGGAGUGAGGGACUACAGCCGUGAGACCUCCCCUCCCACUCCAGAGACCGAAGCCUUCCACGCCUCUGGAUCUCAGCCCGUAGUAAAGUGGAAUUCCAAAGAUCUUUACAUUGGUGUGUCUACAGUACAGGUGACUGGAACUCCGAAGGGGACCAGUGUAGUAAAGGACACAGCACCUUCUCAGGUGCGCCCGCGGGAACCAAUGAGUGUCCUGAUGAUGGCUAGCAGAGAGGUGGUGAAUACAGAGCUGGGGUCCUACCGCGAUAGUGCAGAGGACGAGGAGCACGCGCAACCCAUGGAUGACAUUCAGGUGAACAUGAUGACAUUGGCAGAACACAUUAUCGAGGCCACACCUGACCGAAUCAAGCAGGAAAGCUUUGUGCCCACGGAGUCUCCGGCCUUGGAAAGAACAGACCCCGCCGCUGUCAGCAGCACCAUGAGCUGGCUGGCCAGUUACUUAGCGGACGCUGAUCGUCUUCCGAAUGCUGCCCAUAUCAGAAGUGCAUACAACGAGCCUCUAACCCCUUCUUCUAAUACCAGCUUGAGCCCCAUUGGCUCGCCAGUCAGUGAAAUAGCAUUUGAGAAACCUAACCUUCCCUCGGCUGCCGACUGGUCUGAAUUCCUGAGUGCAUCUACCAGUGAAAAGGUGGAGAAUGAGUUUGCCCAGCUCACGCUGUCUGAUCAUGAGCAGAGAGAACUCUACGAAGCCGCCAGGCUUGUUCAGACGGCGUUCCGGAAGUACAAGGGCCGGCCCCUGAGGGAACAGCAGGAAGUGGCUGCUGCUGUCAUCCAGCGCUGUUACAGAAAAUAUAAACAGCUGACAUGGAUAGCCUUGAAGUAUGCACUUUAUAAAAAGAUGACACAGGCGGCCAUCCUUAUCCAGAGCAAAUUCCGAAGUUACUAUGAACAAAAAAAGUUCCAGCAGAGCCGGCGUGCCGCCGUGCUGAUCCAGAAGUACUACCGGAGUUACAGAAAAUGCGGCAAGAGACUGCAGGCUCGCCGGACAGCGGUGAUUGUGCAGCAGAAGCUCAGGAGCAGUUUGUUAACCAAAAAGCAGGACCAAGCUGCUCGGAAAAUAAUGAGGUUUCUACGUCGCUGUCGUCACAGCCCCCUGGUGGACCAUAGGCUGUACAAAAGGAGUGAAAGAAUUGAAAAAGGCCAAGGAACUUGAAGACAUACAGCAGCAUCCCUUAGCAAUGUGACAUUGCUUUUCAGACUGUUUUCAUUUCUGUUUUUAGCAGAGACAUGCAACACAAACGACAGACGCGCACAUGUACACACACACACACACACACACACACUCUCUCUCUCUCUCUCUCUCUCUCUCUCUCUCUCUCUCUCUCCCCCUCUCUGCAGUUUUGGGGAGAACAGCUGCAGGAUUUUAACAGGAAUGUUUUGGUCAUUGCAUUUGCACUUUCAUGGACAACUUUUAAUUUGAUCAGCAAGACAUCUUGGAACUCAAUCUUCUGUUGGAUCAUAGGAAAACAAGACACCAGGAGGAAUUGAAAGAGGCUUCCUCUUAGGAAGAAGCCGUUUUCCUUCUCAUAUAGGGCUGUAUGCAAACAUCGUGUGGAACUGUACAAAUAUCUAUACCAAAAAUAGAGAUAAGAAAAGGUGGGGAUAUGAUAGUGACAAGAAGAAUGCUGUACCUGCACCUGUGGUUAUUUCCAAGAAGCUGAAUCUGUGGGCUCGAUUAUCAAUGGAGGGCUUAGAUCAUACAAAUCUUUAUUGGUUCCGUGUGUUCUCAUUUCCUUCACUGGUUCUUAUUUCAUUUUUGUUCACUUGUUUUGAUCUCUACAGCACACUUAAUGCAACUUUUGAAAUCUGCAGGUUUUUGAUGUCUUGUGGAAAUUUGCAGAGGGGCGGGUGUGUAGUAAACGGGUAAUGCAUGGGAAAUAACGAGAAACAGCUUACAGAGUUUAAAUUUAUUUUCAUGUCCCCACCACCUCCCAAGAACCUGCGAGGAUAGUAAUCAUCUUGUCCCCUUUUCUCAUGUUCAGCACUUUAAUUUUUUGCCUUACUUUCAUGUGCAAUGAGAAUUAAGACUUGGUAAAGCAUGUAGCCUUUUUUAGUAACCUUGGAAACUAGUAAUUCUGAGGAAUCAUAAACCUUGCCUGGACAUUUGCCACCUAAACGACCAGUGUGGUGCUGCGUUCUGGCCAGUAAAUUCCAUGUUUUUGGCUCUAUCUCAUCCAAACAGAGCAGUUUCUGUGUAUAUAUAGAAAGUAGAAAUGAAAAGUGAGAAAAUAUUUGAAAGGGAUUAUAUUAAUUGCUAAAUAUUUUAUUCACAAAGGUCAAUAACGGCAAGAUAAAAUUAUUUGUAUAGUUUUGUCUGAGCAAGAAAAGAUGUGGAUGUAUUGUUUGUAUAUAUUGUAUAUAUUAAAGAGAUAUGUGCAUGAAAUCAAGAAAAAAGAAAUGAACAAAAAG